AAGAGAAUCUUCCUUCCUUAUAUUUGGGUUUAGGGUUUUUUGGGCAUCAAUGCUCGUUGCCGCCACUCCGGGAUCGUUCGCGCUCUCCCGAUUGCUCGCCGCGAGGCUGCAUUGCGCGCGAUUCGCACGGCGCUGCUCGAUGUGCGCGCUGCCGGACGCUGCCGCGAGGAAGCGGAAGAGGAUGGAUGUCGAAAUUCGCGACACGGUGAAGCUGAGCGCCGAGGAGGAGAAGAUCUUUGACAGGCUCCUGGCGGUCGAGCGGCAUUUCGGCCUUGGAACGCAGCUGCGCGUCGCCGGCGGAUGGGUUCGUGACAAGCUCCUAGGGAAGGAUUGCUACGAUAUCGAUAUUGCGCUGGACAACAUGCUUGGUCGCGAUUUCUGCGAGAAGGUGAACGAGUAUUUGAAGAGCAUUGGCGAGGAGACGAAGAACGUGGGAGUGAUACUGAGCAAUCCUGACCAGUCGAAGCAUCUAGAGACUGCAAGAAUGAAAAUCGAAGAUGUUUGGGUUGAUUUCGUCAACCUUCGAGCAGAGACAUAUGCCGAUGAUAGCCGGAUCCCUUCUACCAUGGAAUUUGGAACUCCAAAGCAGGACGCAGAGCGCAGGGACCUGACGAUAAACAGUCUGUUCUACAACAUCAACACUGGGCACGUUGAGGAUCACACCGAUAGAGGUCUUCGGGACUUAAAGGUCGGCGUAAUCGCAACACCGCUUGAGCCACACGUAACCUUUCUCGACGAUCCGCUGCGUGUCCUGAGAUCUGUUCGAUUUGCUUCACGCUUUGGUUUUGAGCUUGAAGACGAUCUUCGGGCCGCGGCUUCCACGGGUGAAGUGAGGGAUGCUCUCGAAAGAAAGAUAAGCAGAGAAAGAAUAGGCCAUGAGGUCGAGCUUAUGCUUUUAGGCAAUGAUCCGACUCAGGCGAUGGAACUCCUGCUUGACUUGAAGCUCUUUCGAUCUGUUUUUACCCCACCGGCACCGUUGUUAGUAGAUGGAUGGGAGAGGUUGUGUGUGCAGCACAUUCACGCUGCAUGGGACGUUCUUCAGCUCGUCAAUGUUAACCUGACCGCAGAGCAUAAGUUGAAGUUCUUGCUAGCUGCCCUCCUCUUUCCAUUACAGGAUUCAACAUACGAAGGAAAGAAGCGGAAGAAGUUUCCAAGCACAAGCUUCAUCAUACGAGAGUCUCUGAAACUUAAGAAUGCUGAUGCGGACGGAGUUGUGGACUUGCAUCGAUCCGCCAGAAAGUUUGACAGGCUCGAGGAUGUUCUUCUGUCAGAUGCUGCUGAAGCAAUUACCACUCAUGCCGCCGCAGACACUCGGGAAGAAGUCCAAAGACUAGAAGCAGGAUUGGAACUCAUGGAAAUCAAGGAUUUGUGGCGGGCAGCGUUAGUACUCUCGUCACUCAACGACCUGCUAGAAAACCAAGCCUGGGAUGCCCAAGAGAAAGCAAAGGUGUGCACUUCCGUCAUGGACUUCAUCUCGAAACAAGGAUUGGACGAGUCAUGGAACACGAAGCCUCUUCUGGAUGGAAAGGAAAUAAUGGCGGAGUUCCAGCUCAAGGGAGGCCCUGCCGUGAAGGACCUGAAGGACUUGUCAAUCCAGUGGCAGCUCGCACACCCGACUGGAACAGCGGGAGAGUGUAGAGAGUGGCUCAAACUAGAACACGCGAAGGGAAACAAGUAAUCUGCGCGAUUCACCAUCCAAAUUUUUGCAAAGAAUACAACCAUUGCUAGCUACCAAAGAUUUAAAUCAAGCCAGCGUCUCGUGAAUAAACUGCGCGAUAUCACUCAA